CCGAAAGAUUGCAGAUGUAGCCGAAGGUGUUCUUUUUUACCCAGCUGUCCCUGGUCUCUCCUGUUCCUGUGUAAUGUUUGCUAGGUGUUCCAGUUUAUGUUCCUAAGCAUCUGUCCUGUCCCUGCUUCAUCUUGGACAGUAUCCACAUCCUUCCUUCCUGAAGCCCUUGAGUCCUCUUUACCUUAUUAAACUUGAAUCCAGGUUCCCCCAAUCUGGACUGCUUUUGAGUUAAAACAUUAAUCCUCAUCCCCCAGAUUACAUACUCCUGGGCAGACUGUCUGAAAUGUUGCCAUCUCAUCAUGGGUUGAAGGAACAAGUCAAGGCAGAGAUUGAUGGGCACGUCAAAGGACAGGUUACUGUUCUGAGCUUUCCUAGGUGGGAAACCGGUGCCCCUUGAGGAGUGGGGGACACCAGUUUCUCUACAGCUUAAUUACUAUCCUGUUCAGGAAGAGUGUCCCGUGGGAUGUGAAGAUGCUCUUUGGAGUGUGGCUGGCUCGCUGGCUCCUGCUGUAGCCCCCUGACAGCCUACAACUUUCUUUGGCUUCUCAAAGGAAUUCACUCUGCCUCCAUCCAGCCUCCAGAUUGGAAAACGGGCAAAGGGAAAAUGAGACAGAGCGUGACUUCAUGACAAAAUGUCCCAACUCCUGGGUUGGGCAACAGUGCCCCCAAGUGACCCCUGCCACUGUUUGAUCCUACGUAUCCUGUACAUUUGGAUGCCCACUGCCUUGCUAGAAUCCCUGCAGAUAGAGUGGACCUCAGACUCAUUCCAGGGAACCGGAGAACUGGAGGGAGGGGCCUUUGUGACACUGACCACAAACGAUGCCUACGCCAAAGGAGCCUUAGUCCUGGGCUCGUCUCUGAAGCAGCACAGGACCACCAGGAAGCUGGCCGUGCUUGCCACUCCUCAGGUCUCCGACUCCAUGAGAAAAGUUUUAGAGACAGUCUUUGAUGAAGUCAUCACCGUAGACGUCUUGGACAGUGGCGAUUCUGCACAUCUAACCUUAAUGAAGAGGCCUGAGUUGGGUGUCACAUUAACGAAACUCCAUUGCUGGUCACUUACGCAGUAUUCAAAAUGCGUGUUCAUGGAUGCAGAUACUCUGGUCCUAGCAAAUAUCGAUGAUCUUUUUGAGCGAGAAGAAUUGUCGGCGGCACCAGACCCAGGGUGGCCUGACUGCUUCAACUCUGGAGUCUUUGUUUAUCAGCCUUCAGUUGAAACAUACAAUCAGCUGUUGCACCUUGCUUCUGAGCAAGGCAGUUUUGAUGGUGGGGACCAGGGUUUACUGAACACAUUUUUUAACAGCUGGGCAACAACAGAUAUCAGAAAACACCUGCCAUUUAUUUAUAACCUAAGCAGCAUUUCUAUAUACUCCUACCUCCCAGCAUUUAAAGCAUUUGGUGCAAAUGCCAAAGUUGUUCAUUUCCUGGGACGAAUCAAACCAUGGAAUUAUACUUACGAUCCUAGCACAAAGAGUGUUAAAAGUGAGUCCCAUGAUCCAACCAUGACUCAUCCAGAGUUUCUCAACCUGUGGUGGGACAUCUUCACCACCAGCGUUUUACCUCUGCUUCAACAAUUUGGCCUUGUCAAAGACACCCACUCAUACCUAAAUGUGCUUUCAGACUUGGUCUAUACACUGGCUUUCUCUUGUGGCUUCUGUAGAAAGGAAGGCGUCUCAGGAGCCGUAUCACAUCUGUCCCUUGGGGAGAUCCCGGCUGCAGCCCAGCCUUUUGUGUCCUCAGAAGAACGGAAGGAGCGGUGGGAGCAGGGCCAGGCUGAUUACAUGGGAGCAGAUUCCUUUGACAACAUCAAGAGGAAACUGGACACUUACCUCCAGUAGAAACACUGCCUUUUUCCCAUGGACACAUCCACUUCACAGGCACUUGUUUCUGAUAUUUAAUAUCUCGAGCUGGGUUAGGAAAGGUCUGUUACAGUUGCUAGAAGCUUUGCUAGAAUUCAUCAGAUAAGGGGAUUUUGCAAGACAACAGGUGAGAACUGGGCAAAAGUUGUGAAGUAGCAGUUCUGUUUAUGUGGACAGCGUUCUGCUUGUUAACCCUAGGCUUAUUCAUUACUCAGCUCUUGUCGGAAAUUCUUAAUUUUGUUGACGGCCAGCAUACGUGGUAAGGGAGAGUCAGGCUAAUUAAAAUGGCUGUUAUCGACUCUAAAAAUGUGCCAAUAUGGCUCUAGAUCAGUCUCUCUUCAGAUGGGACAGGGUAUCUCUCUCUCGCUUGCACUUUCAUUAGACCUGCAUUUUAUUUAGAAUGGCCCAGAGACUGCCAGAGUGAUUGUGAUUCUGCUUUCAGGUGAAGAUAUCCUGUAACACUGCUGAGUGAUUCAUAAACCUAUUGGCAAGCGGCGUUAACCCAUUUUAUUUCCUAACUGUAAUGUCUGAAAUUGUUCACCAGUUUUCUGUGUACAGUAAGGCAGCAUGCUAAAAUGCUUUUUUCAGUUCUGUGUAUCUGUAAAGAGCAGUGUGUUCUCUGAUGGUUACCUGCGGUGGCACCUUGUAUGAAAAUAAAGGCUUUUUGCCAUAUUUUGUUUGUCUAAUUAAGGGAUUCCCACUCCCCUUGGAAAAAAAAAAUGUAUUAGGUAGUUUUUCAUAAUCUGUAGAAUUUGUCAAUGUUUUAAAAAACCAGCAUAAAACUUGACACUUGAAAUUGGUUUCUAGAUAUCUAGAAAUAGUUCAGUCUAGUGUUCUCCAGUGAUGGUGAUUUAUCUGUUCUGUCACUCACACUGUCUCUCCAUAUCAAGUGAGUGUUCAGAUUUUAGAAAAUACUACAAUGCUAAAAUCAUCACAGGUUCAUUGUCAAUCUCUGGACAUACUUGAUAAUCUUUCCAGACUUCUAGAAUCAGUACUGGAACCAGUGACUUCUAGUGUUUCUAUCCAUGAAUUAAAAUGAUACACGUGUAAAGGAUAUUUAUUAAAUGUAUAGAGGAUUCUAGGUUGCAAGGAUGGCAAGCCAGGGAAGGGCAGGAUCCAAAAUGACCUUUUUAAAGCGAUGUGAGUAAUUACUCUAUUGGAGGAAAACCAACCAACCAACCAACCAACCAUCCAGCCAACCAGGAGAGAAGACCAGGACCAGAAACUCGAGAGGUUUAAUUGGGCAGAAGCUGCAGUGGCUUUUGUGACCUAACUAACCUGCAAGGUCACCCUUUUAUUUCCACAGCAUCCUACUGGUUACACGAGUCAGCCCUAUUCAAUUUGGGUGCAAAUGAAUACACAGGGAUACAGAAUCCUGGAGGCAAGAAUGGUUAAGGGCUACCUUGGAGGCGGACUACAGAAGAGCUCAAGAAGUACCUGAGGAUUUACCUAAAAUUGUAAAUUAUCAAAUAAAUGAUUUCUGAGGAUAAACUACGAUUGGGUGCCUCUUCUCAAAUUAUUCCUAAAUCCAAGGAUCUCCAUGUUGGGGGCAUUUAUCAGGAUGUAACCCCAUCAUAAGUCGAGAGAUGGGUAUAUAAAAUAGGAAACUGGUUUCCUGGCAUCCUCCAAAGGUAACCAAAGUGAUUUUGGGGAGAUUGUGUUCUUAGCAUCAUUAUGAAUUACUGAAUUUUGAUGUAGUUGGUGACUGUUCGUUGCAGUUAUUCUUAAAGAUGAUCUAAUUGUUCUACCUUUAUGAUUUACAUUUUAAGAACACUGCUUUUGCAGCUGGUGGAAAAUAGUUUGAAUUGAGGACAAGAGAGUUGAUGGGAAGGACAGUUAGUUUACACUCAUGGUCCCGGACAGAGACUGUGGUAAUCUAGCAUACCUUUCACCAGGAUGAAGGCAGUGAAGUUGCUGAUGGAUUGGAAGUGAAGAGUGAGGAAAAGGAGUAACUGAAGAUGAGGGGCUUGAGCAACUGUGUGAGUCUCCAGCCUCGCUGCUCCCUAAAGCAUUGGAGACUUAACUGUAAGUAGUUUUUUAUGCCUCAUCACUUAAAAAUUGAUUCAGUAGGUCUCGGUUGAGGCCAGUUACUCGGCGCAUUGUCUCUGCUCCAAGUAACUGCCAGGCAAUCCAAAGACUCCACCCCAAAUAACAUUUGAAAACCACCUGAUACAUUAAAGUGGUAUUUAUACUAACUACAACGGGGAAUGAGGUUUUUAGCAGAAGAUGCAUGAAGAGGUCAGGUGGUGGUUACAUAGCAGGAGGCUCAACUUCUAAUAAUGAAAGUGAAGCCUUUCCAAAAGAUAAUCUCAGUUCUUUGAGGGAUAUAGAAAACAUUACCAUAAAUAACAUGUGUAAAUAUAUUUGUAUAGUAUUUAUCUUUUUAAUGUCACUGAGACUUGGAGCAUUAAGCUGAAGUCAGAUUUGGCAUGUCCUUAAAAUGGUCUGUUAUGGUUUACUUUUUUCUUUGCUUAUUAUUACAAACACACAAAUGGGUUACAGUCUUUUUAUACUUGGGUUAUUUGAUUAACUUAUUUCUCUGGUUUUCAGAUGCUGAAAUUCAGUCUCCUUUAAAUAAUACGUAAGAAAGCAAAAGAGGAAAGUUUACUGGGCAUUUCCAUCUCAAUUCUGUCAAUCCUAUGAUGUAUAUAUGGUAUACACAUUAUCGCAGAUAAGCAGAGAAUAAGGUAAAUAAUCUGUAGAUUUUGAUUCAAAUUAUUAUACUCCAAACCCCAAAGCUAUGUUCUGCAUUUAAAAAAAAGUAUUGUCAAAAAAAAAA